AUGUCCGGACUUACCGAAGACCAGGUCGCCUCCUUCAGGGAAAACGGGUACCUUGUGCUCCCGGAGUACCUCACCCAAACUGAACUCACCUCCCUCCUCAACGAAACAAACAAACUCCUCGACGAGUUCCCUCUGGAAUCCCACCCCCUCACCCAAUUCACAACAGAAGAAGACGCAGCCGACCAUGUAGGCGACGACUACUUUCUAAACUCAGGCGACAAGAUCCGGUUCUUCUUCGAGCCCGACGCGUUCAGCACAGAGCCCGAUCCUUUAACCGGCCGCGCAGCCCUCACGAAGCCCAAGAACCGCGCCGUCAACAAAAUCGGUCACUCGCUGCACACCCUGUCGCCGCCCUUCCGGGCUGUGUCGCUGAACGCGCGCAACGCUGCCGUUGCACGGUCCCUCGGCUUUGCAGACCCCCGCGUUUUGCAGAGUAUGGUUAUUUGCAAGCAGCCUUCCAUUGGUGGCGCCGUGCCCUCCCACCGGGACUCGGAGUUCUUGUAUACCGAUCCGCCUUCGGCGGUCGGGUGGUGGUAUGCGCUGCAGGAUGCCGGGCCUAAGAAUGGUACACUGGGUAUGUACAAGGGAUCGCACACGGGGAAGAAGGGUGGACAUAUUGCUAGGCGGUUUGUGAGGAAGGAGGGUGGGGGUACGGAGUUUAUUGAGAAUGAGGGUCCCUCCUUGCCUAAGGGGAUGGAGGAGGAGAAGAGCUCUGAACCUUCGGAUGAGGAUUUGGAGAUUCUUGAUAUUAAGGCUGGGUCGCUGGUGCUUAUCCAUGGGAAUGUCUUGCACAAGAGCGAGAAGAACACCAGCCCUAAUAGCCGGUAUGCCUAUACCUUCCAUGUAAUUGAAGGCGCUGAAGGGUGGGAGUACGAUGCGCGCAACUGGUUGCAGCCUCCUGCUGAAGGGUUCUCCAAAUUAGAGACGUAG